AUGACAAAUCAAAAUCUUUGUUUUGAUGCAUGGACUGUUCGUCAAUUAGCAAGCGAUGAUUUUGGUCAGGAUCAUUGGGAUAACGAUGAUUCAGUUGAUUAUCAUCCUGUAGAUGAAAAUUCUUAUGAUAACAACGAUAACAAUACGGUCAUUGAACAGGGCAAUAACAUAGAUGAUGUUCUUGAUAAGGCAAAAGGUUUCGCCGAGCAACUUUUGGGAUCAUUCAUUUCACUAGCAUUGUGA